AUGGAGACUGUUCGUAGAAUUCAAACCACAACGCCCACGCUUGAUUUCGAUGUUCUCACCAAAGCGUUGCCCAAAAGAGCGCGCCGCACUUUGGUGCUCACUUUGCUUUUCCUCCUGACCCUCGUAUUUGUUUCUUUAAGUAAUAGACCUCUGGUCCUCAAGGCAGCAUACCUGGUGCGCUACACAAGAGAUCACACUUCCGCCAAUGGCACGGGGCUGUGGCAGGACUAUCGUGAGUGGCUCGAGUCGCUCGCAAAUGAUAAAACAUAUACUGGUGCUUAUCAUCAGAUUCCCUUUGCAGAAGAGUCUUUCUUUGACCUGCUGUCCAAUCUCGUAGGAACGCUCCAUUUCGCUGUGGACCACCAAUUCCAGCGCCAGCCCUAUGUGAGUAAUGGCUACAUCGGCGCGCGCAUUCCCAAUUUGGGCCAUGGCUUUGCGAUGGAUACGCCGCUCUCCAAUGACUCUGAGGCAAAUAAUACGCUGAAUGGCUGGCCAUUGUUCGACCAGCGCUUCGCCGGAGCCUUUGUAGCCGGCUUCUACAAUCUCCAAGCGAACACCACGAAGACUAAUUUCCCUUGGCUCUUACAGUAUGGAGGAGAAAGUGUCAUUAGUGUGGUUCCUCAGUGGACGUAUCUUGCUCUCUCUAAGGAUAACUACACCUUGGAUCCAGCGCUUUCCCAAUCUGAUUGGGGCUCGAUUAGCGAGUACUCGCAGACGUUGUCUUUGAAUUCCGGACGAGUCCACACUCUGUUUCUCUGGUUGGACAAAUAUUACGUAGAGUAUGAAGUGAUGGCCAAUCGAGCCAUGUCCUCCUUGGGCACUGUCACUGUUUCAAUUACAAACCCUACAUCGGACGAGGUCGAAGUCAAUUUCUUGAACGCGCUUGAUUUCGAUACAUCUCUCCGGCUGAACCUCGUCAACCAAUCCUAUGACGGUAUGGGCAUAUAUCAAGUUUACAGUCCUGAGGGUGUUAUGGAUGCCUUCGGCGCUACCUACGCUACACUCACCUACGAUACACAAUUAGAGAUCUCCACCACCUGGGAUCAAACUGACACACAGGUCUUGCAAAAUGCAACUUUGAAAGUUCCUGCUGCCUCUAAGGUGGUUGUCAAUAAGUUGGUCGGAAUUCUUACGUCUGAUUUAGAUCCUCAAGUGUAUACAUCGGCGGACUCCGUGUUGGAAGCCGCCAGAACAGAAUGUCUCAGCCACAAGUCAUACUCGGACUUGGAAAGCUCGAAUGAUUCUGAAUGGCAAAAGCUUCUCGGCCAGUCGUUAUCUAUUGAAUUUCCCGAUGACCCAUUGUUGACUCUUACCUCCAGAGCCUCAAUUUAUCAUCUUUUAGCUAACACAAGACCUGAAGCUACCGGCGUUACUGCAGCACUAGGUGUGACUGGUCUUUCCUCUGAUUCAUAUGGAGGCAUGGUCUUUUGGGACACCGAUCUUUGGAUGCUGAGCGCUCUUUUGCCAUAUGCGCCUCUGCACUCUAGAAGUCUUGUAAACUACAGGCUCUUUACACAUGACCAAGCCAAGCAGAAUCUCUUGAGUCCUCUGAACACUUUGGAUAUAACUGAUGGUGCUGCUUAUCCCUGGACUAGUGGAAGAUAUGGUAACUGUACAGCAACGGGACCAUGCUUUGACUAUGAAUACCAUCUCAAUGCAGCUAUUGCCUUUUCGGCUUGGAAGCUCUAUUUGGAGGGAUCGGUAGGUGAUGAUUACCUCGAUUCUGUUGCCUUUCCUCUCAUUAGUGACGCUGCUUUGUUCUUCUCCCAAUAUGUGAAAUACAACGAUACCCUUGGGAAGUACGUUACAAAGAAUUUAACAGACCCGGAUGAAUAUGCUAAUCAUAUUGAUAAUGGAGCUUAUACAAAUGCGGCCAUAGUUUCCACCUUGAAUAUCGCCCAAGCAAUUUAUACCCACUUAGGGAAGACGCAACCAAAAGCAUUCGCAGACAUAGCUUCCAACAUCUAUAUCCCUCGCUCCGAGGACGAUGAAAACAUUAUCCUUGAAUAUUCGGGUAUGCCGGCUAGUGUUGAGGUGAAGCAAGCAGACGUUGUGAUGUUGACUUAUCCUUUGGAGUAUGGACUAGACGAAAUGGCGGCUAAGGAGAACAUGAAGUACUAUUCGAUGAAGCAAUCUUCAUUUGGUCCAGCUAUGACUUGGCCAAUAUUCUCGGCUGUUUCUUCUAUUGUCCUGGAUUCAGGUUGCUCCUCACAGUCGUACUUGCUUAAGGCUGUGAAGCCAUUCUUAAGAGGUCCAUAUGCGCAAUUUUCAGAGCAAAAUGAUGAUGACUUCAUUGCAAACAACGGCACUCAUCCAGCGUUUCCAUUCCUCACUGCUAGCGGAGGAUUUAUUCAAGCCGUGCAUGGGCUCUUUGGACUCAAAUACGAUUAUGACGUGCAAGACGGCAAAUUGGAUAGGUUCAUCAGAGUCGAUCCCGCCAAAUUAGCCAAUUUGCCCAAUGGUGUGUAUUUGGAUGGUAUUAAGUACAUGAACGUCACGUUGUCCAUGAAUCUAACGGAUAGCGGCUUGCAGGUCACGAACCAUGGUUUAGAGGAAGACAAACAGUCAUCUAAUACAACUGUUCGUAUCCAAACAAGCUCAAGAUUAGGAUCUCUCGACUACUAUGUUGGCCUGGGUGAGACUGUUGAUCUCUCAAUCUACAUCCCUGCUCAGAGUCUCAACAAUAGUUUGACUGAGUGUCGUAAUUCGAUUUUUAGCAACGUUACCCAGGGACUUGCCGGCGAUGUCCUUGCAUCUAUUAAUGAUGGUGACAAUUCGACUUAUUGGCAAGCUGAAACAGCAAACACGAGUAAAAUUCUCGUUGAUCUCCUUUACAAUAAAACAAUACGUGGUUGCAUGAUCAAUUGGGGUGAAAUGCCGCCAUCUUAUGUCACUAUCAAAACAACCACAAGUCAGUUCAAUACCCAAUACCCUUUUGUUGAUCUGACAGAUGCGCUUCUUUCACAAGUUUCAUUUUCGCCGGACGAUAAUAAAAUGAUGAACGAAACAGCAGCAUUUAAUGGUAUCUAUUCGGCAAACAUCACCAUAUCGGAACCAUAUGAUGAAGCAGAUUACGACAAAAUUAUUCCCCUUGAUUCGUACAACACUACAAACUUUGACUUUUCAAAUUCUAGCCAAAGUCGCUUUGUUCUCGUUGAGUUUGGAGGAUUGAUCACUCCGAAUAAAGUUGGAGGAGCAAAGAUUUAUGAUUUGAAUUUUACUUAA